AUGGAGUUUACCGAUAAAGAUAAAACAGAAUUUCAAAAAUUAGUUGAUCUGUAUUCGCCUAUUAUCGAUAAACACAAUGUUUUGGCUGAACUCAAAAUGUGGAAACUAAAAUUAGCUUCAAGCUGUGAAAGUUUAACAAAAAAUGGAUUAGAAGCUUUACAAAACUGCGAUAAAGAUAUUUAUCCAAACAUCCAUUUUUUGUUUAAAAUAUUAGUUACUUUGCCUGUUUCUACAGCUACACUAGAACGGAGCUUUUCUACAUUAAAACGUUUAAAAUCCUAUUGUAGAAAUUCAAUGAAUGAGGAACGUCUUAACGGACUAGCACUUUUAUCAGUUCAUCGGACAAUAGACAUAAAUAUUAAUGAAGUAAUUGAUGAACUGGCAACUAAACAGAGAAAACUUGAUUUUGUAUUAUAA